CAAGGACUUUAUGGGCUUGGCAACAGUAACAAGGUGUGAUGUGUCAGGUCCCAAACAUUUGGGACCAUCAGGUGACGUCCUGACAACUGAUACACAUGAAUGUUCUUGCACUGUCCCAUAAAACUGAAUAUUCUGGAAACAUUGUAACCGUGCUCUAGAUAUGUUCUGCUUGACUAUUAAGGGAAUGUUCUCCUAACUUUAACACCAAAACAUUCUAAAACGGCUCUCAGAAGGUUUUUGCUAACAUAGAUAGGAGAACGUUCUAACUCACGGAAAACUGGACGCUCAAACAUUAAGGGAACAUUACAAAAACGUUCUCUCUUCAUAGAAUUUUUAGUUGGGUAUCAGCUGACACUGCUUGUUUGUUGUGUGAAGGGUACACCGUCGUUGGGUACGCCCUUUACUUCUACACCUACAGCACAUGGAAAGGGCGGUCAGUGUACAUGGAGGACCUCUAUGUAAUGCCUGACUUCAGAGGAAAAGGCAUCGGAACGGGACUAAUGGCCAAAGUAGCUCAGGUAGGGGUGGAGAAGCAGUGUGUGCGGCUGCAGUUAUCUGUCCUAGAAUGGAACAAACCAUCACUAGAUUUCUACAUUGCCAAAGGUGCCGAGGACCUGACUGCCAAAGAAGGUUGGCACUUCUUACGGUUUCAUGGACAAGCCCUGGACACAUUAGCUAAGGAAGCACCUAAAGAUUAGAGCAUUUUAUAGGCCUGGGUCUAGUUUGGUUCCGCCCAUGACAUCACACAGUGGGCAGGUUCAUUUUGCGUUGGUGGGUGGGUAGGACUAAUGGAAACUUCACUCAGCCGGAGCCCUGGGCGAUGCAAAACAAACUCACCCAGUCAUCCUUUAUGUUUAAUGUGCAUUUAAAUAUAGUCAAACAUUAUUACAUUUUUAUAUAUAUAUAUAUAUAUAUAUAUAUAUAUAUAUAUAUAUAUAUAUAUAUAAAUAAACGUUUGGACACACCUACUCAUUCAAGCGGUCAUCGAGGCAAAGAGUGAAUACUUAAAAUGUAUUUUGAUUUGUUUAACACUUUUUUGGUUACUACAUAAUGUGUUAUUUCGUAGUUUUGAUGUCUUCACUAUUCUGCAAUGUAGAAAAUAGUCAAAAUAAAGAAAAAUCCUGUAA